AUGAAAUCACCUGUCAACGAAUUCCUCGACAGCAUUCAUGCUGAGUUGGCUAAAAAGAGUGACAAGACAAAACUAGUGAUAGUUACCGGAAAUGAUUCUGCAGAUCUCGAUUCAAUCAUCUCUGCCCUGACUUAUGCUUAUAUUAGCCAAAAGUCCAACAAAGACCCUUUAACGAUAUAUGUCCCGCUGGUAAAGGUUCCCAAGGAAGAUCUUUCUCUAAGACCAGAGACAUCCUUUGUUUUCACAAAGGCUGGAAUUGAUGCGGAGAAAUUGGUGUAUAUUGACCAAAUUGACUUGGGGCGAGUGGCUUCUGAAUACGAUGCUCGCGUAUUCUUGGUCGAUCAUAACCGACUGACGGCACCAUUCGGAGAGGAUUGGAACGACCGUGUUAUUGGAAUUUUAGACCACCAUAUAGACGAAGGACAGUACAAAUGGGCAAAUCCUCGCAGGAUUGAAAUUGUUGGAUCGUGUACCUCACUAGUAGUACUUCACUUUGAGGAUUUGUUCAAACAAGAAGAAUAUGCAGAGGAUUUGUCGAAACUUGUACUGGCUCCAAUUCUGGUAGACACAAUCGGAAUGGAACCGUCUUUCGGGAAGCUGACUCCAACAGAUGUUGCUGCAUUUAAUGUAUUGUUGAACUCCUCUCCUGUGAAUACGAGUGAUUAUACAACAAACAGUUAUUAUUAUGACAUUGAAAAGUACAAAUCCGAUGUGAAAGGAAUGUCAACUCGUGAUCUUCUACGAAAAGACUACAAGGAGUGGGUGGUUAAUGGCUUCCGUAUUGGCACAAGCUCUCUUCCGUGGUAUCUUCAAGGCUGGCUACUCCAUCAUGGGCCAGAACAAGCAAUCGCAGAUACAUGGAAAUUUGCAGAAGAACGUAAUUUAGAUCUCGAAGUUAUCUUAACAUCAUAUGACCAUUCCAGAGAUGUGGAGGGAGGUCCUUAUAAACGAGAGAUCGGAUUAUUUGUCAAGAACAACAAAAUGGACUGUAUCAAGAAGGACUUGGAAAAUGGAAAGACACCCCCAGGUUAUGAUAAGUCUAUUGUAUUGGAAAAUCUGAAUAUAUAUUAUGGCAAGGAAGACAGUCGGAUUGGUCUAUAUGAUCAGCAUGAUGUGAAACUGUCAAGGAAGCAAAUAUGGCCGUUGAUCCAAUCACUCAUCGAAAUGGAAUGGAGUAAUCAAACUAGCAAUUUACCGGGAAAUCUCUAGUUCGAUAGUCUAAUUAGGCAAUUCUACAAUCCAACAGUUAUGGGACGAAGAUUAUCUGUCAGCUGUACAUACACCUUAUUCAGAAGUGGUAUUUAUUCUUCUACUCAAUUUUUUCGGCUGUAUUGGUUAUACUUAUAAUAUAAACUUGAAUAGAAAAUAAAUAGAUAAACUCAAAU